ACCGCCACCGCAUCGCACACCUCCCUUCCUACCGUCUUCCCGGACCCCAUUGAGAAGCAGUUCGUCGGCGACGAUGGCAAGAAGACACUCUGGGUCAUCUUUGUGGCUAUGACCAUUGCCUCGGCAGCCUUCGCGGCCAUGUCGUGGAGGGUCCCCGUCCAACGCCGCUUGUACCAUGUCAUCACGACCAUCAUCCUCAUCAUUGCUUCCAUCUCGUACUUUGCUAUGGCGACUGGCCAAGGUGUGUCUGUCCACACCACCAUUGUCCGUCACCAGAACGACCACGUUCCGGACACUUUCACCGAGGUGCAGCGACAGGUCUUCUGGGCCCGCUACGUCGACUGGGCUCUGACCACACCCCUUCUUUUGCUCGACCUCAGUCUUCUUGCUGGUCUCAACGGCGCUCACAUCACCAUGGCCAUUGUUGCGGAUGUUAUCAUGAUCCUUACCGGUCUUUUCGCCGCCUUCGGCAGCGAGGGCACUCCCCAGAAGUGGGGAUGGUACACCAUUGCCUGCAUUGCCUACCUUGUCGUCAUCUGGCACUUGGCUGUCAAUGGACGCGCUCAGGCCAACGCGAAGAGCCAGAAGCUCGGAUCUUUCUUCUUGGCCAUUGCCGGCUACACUCUCAUUCUCUGGACCGCCUACCCCAUUGUCUGGGGUAUCGCCGACGGCUCGCGCAAGCUCUCUGUUGACGCCGAGAUCAUUGCCUACGCUGUCCUUGACGUCCUCGCCAAGCCCGUCUUCGGUAUCUGGCUUCUCGUCACUCACGCCAACAUGCCCGAGACCAACAUUGACCUUAGUGGCUUCUGGUCCAACGGUCUUGGUGGCGAGGGUGCCGUCCGUCUCGAGGACGACGGUGCUUAA